AUGUUCCGAAACCAGUACGACAACGACGUGACAACCUGGUCGCCGCAAGGGCGCCUGCACCAGGUGGAGUACGCCAUGGAGGCCGUCAAGCAGGGCUCCACCGCCAUUGGCCUCAAGAACAAGGACUCCUUUGCGGUGCUGGUCGCACUGAAGCGCACCUUCCACGAGCUGGCCUCCUACCAGAAGAAGCUGAUCCACAUUGACGACCAUGUGGGAGCUGCCAUCGCCGGACUGACCGCCGACGGACGCAUUCUGACGCGCUACAUGCGAAAUGAGUGCCUCAACGAGCGCUACGCCCGCGACGAGCCCAUUCUCAUGAACCGCCUGAUGGUGGACAUGGGCAAUAAGAUGCAAGGCAGUACCCAGCGCUACGACCGCCGCCCCUACGGCGUCGGCCUGAUCGUCGCCGGCUUUGACCAGAACGGGCCGCACAUCUACCAGACCUGUCCGUCGGCCAACUACUUCAACUGCAAGGCGAUGGCCAUCGGUGCCCGUUCCCAGUCGGCGCGUACCUACUUGGAAAAGCACCUGGACACUUUCCUCGCCUGUGGUCGCGACGAGCUGGUGAAGCACGGCCUGUUGGCUCUGCGAGAGUGCCUGCCCAAUGACACUCAGCUGACGUCGCAGAAUGUAUCAAUUGGAAUCGUCGGCAAGGAUUUUCCCUUUAAGAUCUACGAGGAGAACGAGGUGGACACGUUCCUGAAGCAGUUGACAGAGGCCGAGCGAAAGGGCCGCAGCACUCAGCCGCCGCCACCGCCGCCUCAUGGACCAUCCGCCGCCGACCAGCCGCCUCGUGCUGGUGAAUCAAUGGACGUGGACGAUGUGCCUCGUCCCGCUGAUCCGGCCACAAUUCCGCCACAAUAA